AUGACUUUCAUAAGAGAGUUCCCUCUGGACUUGUCCGAUCGUCUAUAUCGAGCUACAGAGAAGGUUAAGAUCAUGAUCAAAAUGAGGCCCUGGUCACCAAAACGAAAGAAACAGGAGGAUGGCUCCGGCCGUUGCUACCUAAUGGAAUUACCAACCGAGCUGUUGUUGGAGAUCACAUCCCAUCUGACAGUAAUUCCGGAGGCUGCUCUUGCGUUGACCAACAAGCGCAUGUUCGCCAUCUCUGGCGAGAUCCUGUUUUCGAAAUCCCUCCGCUUCACUCGAGAUUUUGCGCCGCUUUUCCACCAUUAUCGCAAUGGGCAUAACUUCGUCACUCCCCGAUGGUCAUUCCUCAACUUGUUAGAAAACAGUCGCUGGAAGCUGUGCUCCAAGUGUUUGAAGCUCCACCCUCGAGCCGCUUUUGCGGCAAGAGAGUUACGGCGGAAGCCGGAGAAUCGCACUUGCAACAUUGGCGACCUGGCAGGGAUUGUCGACCUGUGCCCAUGCAAGAAACUGACCUUCCGCGACAAACUUGAUCUUGCAGAUCAGGUCCGAGUAAGACAGAUAACUCUACAAGCCCUAAAGUCGGAAUUCGGAGACGCAGUUGGAGACCGCUACUGCUGGCAUACAUGCACCGAGCAUUAUGGCCCAACGGAGCUUACGACAUCUUUAUUCCCGGAACUCGACCACAACAAUCAACUGGUGAUUCGCACUGAAUACCAACUCACCACUGAAUCAGGCCAAGUCGGGAAGGAAGAGUUCAUGACGCCACGGUUUGGCUGUGCACACCGAUCCGUCGACCUAUGGGUCUCAAGCGUCCACCAAACGACCAUCUGCCGACUCUUCGACUCAUUCUGUUCCUCUUGCCAACGAAUUUCCGUCUGCAGUGCAUGCAACACAACACUCAAAUGCCCACGGAAAGCGCCCUUCCACUCCGAAAAAUCCGGCAAAGCAACAUAUUCAUUCUGGACGCAACGAUGCCUAGGAGGAAUGGAUCCAGUGCCCGAUUCGGCUUGGGCCACGCAGAGGAUUCACCCCGCUGAACCAUCUAUCGGUAUCGAAAAUUGCAAUGAGCUUUGUCCUUGGACGGUGCGGGAACAUCCUGCUCUGUCUUUUGCGCCUAGCAUUGAACAGGAAAUACUCGAUCCUGGAAUAGGUAAUCAACCCAUGAGUCAACUUUACACGUCCAUCAACAUGAUUUAA